AUGAAUGCAAACAUACCCGAUGAAGUUAAAAUAGAUGUUUCAGUAACAGUUUGUGAGAAAUGCAAUAUUGUUUUCAAAAAUUACGAUAAUCUCCGACAACAUUUGCUUCAUGAGCAUGCGUUUGUUGAUUUUAACGUGAAGCCGGUUAUGUUGACUUUAAGUUGCGAUAACUGUAAGAAAGUUUUCACGUCUAAGUUAGGCUUGAAGUAUCAUCUAAGUAGGUGCAAAGAUUCCUCUAAUAGAACAAAAGUGAUUAAACAAAAUAUCGCUAUCCUCCUUAACAUGUCCACGGCGCUUCCUUUUAAAUACUUUAUGAAUCGUUUUCGAUGCUUUCACUGUUCUAAAGAUUUCGUACAAUUUGAUUCACUCAAAGAACAUUCUGUCAAAGAGCAUCCGCAUUGCGACUUGAAAUCCAAAUCUAUGAAAUUUCUUAAAGGACGUGAUAUUAGUUUGAAAAUUGAUGUAUCUAAUUUGUCCUGCAAAGUAUGUUCAGAAAACUACUCAGACGUACCACCCCUAAUUGAUCACUUAAUAGCUAAACAUAAAGCGACCUAUGAUAAAACUGUAGAAUAUUUGCAAUCGUUUAAAAUUGCAAAGGAUAGUAUAACAUGUCCAUUUUGCUCGGACGUGUUCCAGUAUUUCAGAAAACUGCUGGAGCAUAUUAAUUUGUUACAUUCUGUGGAGAAUUUUGUUUGCGCUUACUGCGGUCAGACUUUUGGCAAUAAUUAUAACUACCGCGCACACAUAUCGCGCUACCACAGACAAGAUAGUGUCAAGUGUAUGGAGUGCUCUACUGAGUUUCCUACCGUCCACAAACUAUCCCGUCACAAAGCCAGAGUACAUGGUGAGAAAAUUUACCAGUGUCAACAAUGUGACGAUAAAUUCGGGACGCAAUAUCUACUUAAAAAGCACGCAAUACAAGCGCACAGUUCUGGCCAUAAAUGCAUGUACUGUAACCGGGUCUUCACUAUAAAUUCUCAUUUGAGAAAUCAUGUACGACGUCUGCACUUGAAGGAGAAGAAUUUCGAGUGUAAUAUUUGUUCUGAGAGGUUUUUUGAUAAGCCGCUAUUAAAAACGCAUCUAGUCAAACAUAUUGAUGAAAAUCCGGAAGGCCUAGAGCCUUAUACGUCUGAGAAGAGAAGGAAAAACUUGCAAAUACUCUUCAACAACACAACGAUUAUACCGUUUAAAUGGCGAGGGAAAUAUCUGUGUUUCUAUUGUGCUAAUGACUAUACGGAAUACUCAGAUUUAAAGAAACACAUGAAAUCGCACGGCCAAUGCACAACACGGGACUACUCGCUCAAAGCAAUCAAAGGAAAUAGUAUAGAAAUUAAACUAGAUAUAUCGGCUAUUGAAUGCGAAAUCUGCAACGAACCUUUUACGAGUCGAAGUGAAAUAGUCGAUCACUUGAUAGGAAAACACGAUUUGGAUUACGAUAAAACAGUUGAAACGCCAAUCUCAGAAUUUCGGUUGGUGGAUAUGAAGUGCCAGUAUUGUGAAAAGGAUUUUUCGUACUUCGUCUAUUUAAGGAGACAUUUGAAGCUUGCCCACUCGCAAAAUAAUUUUGUUUGCGACGACUGUGGAGCCACGUUCAAUAGUAAACGGGAUUUGGCAUUCCACCUUCACAAUUUCCACAAAUAUGGAGGGUACCCGUGCGACGUGUGCGCAGAUGUCUUCGAUUCCAAAAACGCUUUGAAAAGUCACAAAAACAAAAAUCAUUUCAGAAAGUGCAUAUAUUGCAAUGGUAGCUUCGCGUCCUUUUCCUUGUUACAAAAGCAUAUCCAGAACGAUCAUUCCCAGUUUAAUAGUAAUAAGUGUCCAUUUUGUUCAAAAAAAUGUCAUUCAAAGCAAGGUGUCGGGCUGCACAUAAAAAACUGUAAAAUGAAUAUACUACAAAAGACUCCAGCUAUGCUACCUUCGGAAAACGCUAUAGAGCCGAAGAAAAAGCAAAAUUUAACCCAAAUUAGACGAAAUAUAAUUAACGUAUUAAAUAUGACAUCGGUAGUUCCUUUUAAAUUCUUUGCCAAGUUUUCCUGCUUCUAUUGCUCGUUACGGUUCACGGACUUUGAGGAACUCAAACAACAUACGGCGUCCGAACAUCCGUUUUGCGAUUUAAACACGCCCAGUAUUAAGAAAUGUAAAGGCGAACGGACAACUGUCAAAAUUGACAUUUCCUCCCUCUCGUGUAGAAUUUGCAGUCAACCAGCUGAACAAUUCGAAGAACUGAUCGAUCAUAUUAUAGCUAAACAUAGUGCGUCCUACGAUAAAUCUGUUAUUAGCUUUGAGCCGUUUCGAAUUUAUAUCGACAAAUGCUCUUGCACGCAUUGUUCUAGCGUUUUUCGAUAUUUCACAACUUUACUGCGGCACUGCAACUCUGAGCAUAGCAAUACGUGCCACGUGUGUGAUUCUUGCGGGAGAAGUUUUAAAAAGGUAUCAAAUUUAACAGCGCACAUUGCGCAUACGCAUAAAGGCGCUUGCGAGUGUUCUAUAUGCGGUAUUCAGUAUAGGAACCAAUGGUGUUUGAAUCGGCAUAACGCUAAAUGCCACAAUGCGAAGGAUUUUAAGUGUCCCAACUGCCCUGAGCAAUUUCAGUCGCCGUAUCAAAGACAAAAGCAUCUGAUAAAAGUUCAUGAUAUAGGGCAUAAGUGUAGCUACUGUGGUAGAAUGUUUACGAGGAAUUCGUUCAUGAGGGAUCACAUUAGACGGACCCAUUUGAAGGAGAAAAAUAUGGAAUGCUCAAUUUGUGGGGAGAAAUUUUUUGAUAAUCAUCUGUUGAAGCUUCAUAUGGUGAAACAUGAAGGUGUUAGGAAGUUCAGUUGCGCUGUAUGUUGUAAAUCGUUUAUGAGACGUAGUAAUUUGGCAUCGCACAUGGGAGACGUCGAAGACAGUCAAAAGAAAAACGAAAUGGUGCAAAAACACUCGAUCAAGAGACGAAACAUCGAAUAUAUAUUGCAAUACAGCAAUGCCACACCAUUUCUCUUUUAUAAAGGAAAAUAUAGGUGUUUCUUUUGCACUGAACCUAUCAAAGAUCCAGAUAUUUUAAGGGAACAUACAAAAAUCCACAAAUUUGCUAAUUUAGAGUUAAUCAUUUUUGAUCGUACUAAAAGUAAUAGAAAUCGCGAUGCAGCCGUCAAAAUCGAUAUAACUAACCUGACUUGCGAGCUUUGUACUCAAAUAUUUGCCACGCUAGAACAACUCAUUCACCACCUGAUAAUCGCGCACGACGCCGAAUAUGAUAUGAGCGUCCCAAACUGUUUUCUUCCCUUCAAGCUAGACAGAGAUCAACCUACAUGCUCGAUAUGCGACAUGAAGUUCGUCUUCUUUGAAUACCUCCUACGUCACGCUAACAAACAUCAUUUGUCCCACGAUUAUAUAUGCGAUGUUUGCGGGACGAGUUUUCAGGGGGACAAUCAUUUGAGAAUGCACAAUCGUUAUUAUCACAGAGAUGGCGGGUACACGUGUAAUUAUUGUGGGAUACGUCUGGAGACUCUAUCGAAGAAGUCGCUUCACGAAAAGAACGUGCAUUUGGCGAAUCUUCUAACGUGCCAAUUCUGUCCGGAGAUUUUCAAAAGUCCGUAUUUUAAAAAGCUGCAUCUGGCGAAUGUUCACGGUGUGGCGGAAAUGAGAAUCCAAUGUCCAUAUUGUCCGAAAAUAUUCCCACAACAGAGUCUUAUGUCCCGGCACAUGCGGCGCGUUCAUUUUCGGGAGAAAAAUGUUGAGUGUCCAAUAUGUGGGGAAAGAUUUUUUGGACCGUACGACGUGAAGUUGCAUUUGCGUAAACAUAAUGGCGAUAAGAAUUUUAUUUGUACGGUGUGCGGGAAGAAAUUCGCUAAAAAGUCUAAUUUGAAUGCGCAUUCAGUGGUCCAUACUGGCAGAAAAGACCAUACUUGUGGCGUUUGUGGGAAAGAAUUUGCGCAUAGGCCGAAUUUGAGGUUGCAUUAUAAGACCCUCCAUCCGGAGUACGUAGAAGAGAAGGUUGAAGCAAAACAAGAGGAGAUACCGACAUUUCAAGAUUUUAAAAUCGAAAAACCGGAAAGGUUGACAUCGAAGGAGAAACGCAAUAUAAUGAGAAAUAAUGUGCUACAAGUUCUAAUAAAGUCUACAGUUAUGCCAUUCCGAUGGUUGAAAAGCUGCUACCGAUGUUUUUACUGCUACGACAUAUUCACAGAACCAUCUGAACUGAAAAUGCACCAACACCAACACACAGGAGACGAAAUAAAGGAGUCCACCAUGAACAAAUACUGGGAACAGGUCGUCUACAUAGACAUCUCAACGCUAUCGUGUAAACUGUGCUCAGAUGAUAUACCAGAUUUAUACGACCUAAUUAAUCAUUUAGUGGAGAAACAUGGUGUUCUUUACAAUAAAGAUGUGGGUAUCUGCAUGAUACCGUUCAAAUUGGACAAUUAUUCCUUGAAUUGUCUCACUUGUGGUGCCACGUUUUACACAUUCGGAACAUUGUUGCACCACACGAAUAAAGAUCACAAAGGCACUUCGGCGACGCUGUGCGAAAUUUGCGGGCAGAAUUUCAAAGAUGCCAAUCUUUUGCGUCUCCACGUGAAAGCGAUACACGAUAAUAGUAGUUUGUUGUGUCAGGAGUGUGGGGAGAAGUUCGAGAGUCGAUACAAAUUGAAGAAUCAUCAGAAAUAUCAGCAUGAGCUGGAUAAGAAGAGAUAUAAGUGUCUUGUUUGUGAUGAAACGUUUCGGUCGCAUUACAAACGUUCGCGACAUAUGGUUGAGGAGCAUAAGAAUAGGGAGGUGAUUAAAUGCCUUCAUUGUCCGAAAACCUUUGUGUUUCGAAGUAUGAUGAUGACGCAUUUACGGGACGCGCACUUGAAGGUCCGGAAUCACGUUUGCAGCGUCUGUGGUUGGAAAGCGUUCACGAGUCACAGACUAAAGAAUCACAUGUAUAAACAUAGCGGGGAGAAGAAUUUCAGAUGUGAUGGUUGUGAUAAGAUGUUUACGACGAGAAAAAUUAUGAAAGCGCACUUUUCGAGAAUGCAUAAGGGCGUCCCGCUUAAGAAUGUGUAUGAAGAACCGUAUCAGUACUGA